GAUAUAUAUGAACCCCUUCCAUUUCAAGAAUACAACACAACAAUGAUGUCUUCCUUACCACUUGUUAGUAUUUUCAUUUUUCUUACUUUUGGUCUCGUUUUAGGGACCGAAAGCAAAUCCAACACUAAUCAACAGACUGAAAACACUCGUCGGGUUUUCUUUGUAUUUGGAGACUCAUUGGUCGACAAUGGAAACAACAACUUCUUGGCUACCACUGCACGGGCGGAUUCACCUCCUUAUGGGAUUGAUUAUCCCACACAUCGUCCCACAGGCCGUUUUUCUAAUGGCCUCAAUAUUCCAGAUAUUAUUGGGCAACGCAUUGGUGCGGAUCCAUUAUUGCCAUAUUUGUCUCCGGAGCUGAAGGAUGAAAAGUUGCUAAAUGGAGCUAAUUUUGCCUCUGCUGGGAUUGGGAUCCUCAAUGAUACCGGAGUACAAUUUGUAAAUAUUAUUCGGAUGCCAUCUCAAUUGUCAGACUUUGAGACAUACCAAAAACGUGUGGCUGAUUUAAUCGGGGCGGAGAAAACCAAAAAGUUAGUAAGUGAAGCAUUGGUUUUGAUCACUUGUGGUGGCAAUGAUUUCGUGAACAACUACUUUUUGAUUCCUAACUCGAUUAGAUCCAUUCAGUAUAAACUCCCCGACUAUGUCCCAUUCCUCAUCUCUGAAUACGACAAGAUCUUAAUGAGACUUUACGAAUUAGGAGCUCGAAAAGUAUUGGUAACAGGAACAGGGCCACUAGGGUGUGCGCCUGCUAUCCUGGCGCUACAUAGUAAGCAAGGAGAAUGCGCAGACGAACUUCAACAAGCUGCAAACCUAUUUAACCCGCAACUUGUUGACAUGGUCACUGCACUCAACAAAAAGCUCGGUGGUGACAUCUUUGUGACUGCUAACACGAACUAUAUGCACUUGAAUUUCAUCAACGAUCCCAAAGCAUUUGGAUUUGAGACGUCAAAAGAUGCUUGUUGUGGACAAGGCCCGUAUAAUGGGCUAGGACUUUGCACGCCGUUGUCAAGGUUGUGCAAAAAUAGGGAUGCAUAUGUGUUUUGGGAUGGCUACCACCCGUCUGAGAGGGCAAAUCGAAUCAUUGUGGAUGAAAUAUUUAAUGGUAUAAAGUAUGUGGAGCCAAUGAAUCUUAGCACUCUCAUGGCUUUGGAUUCUAAAAGAGUCUAAUUAAGUAGCGUUUUCAAAGUUCUGUUUGUAGAAAUAUAUUCUACGUUUGUUAUGGGUUGAUUUCUUUAUCCGUGUGUUCCUAUGUAUGCAAAAUUAUGUAC